AUGGGGAAUAGCGAAUCAACCGAGAAAGUGGAAGAUGGAAUUCGUAAGCAGCGUACCUCGGAGUCAAUUCCGAAACUGUACCAUUUCGUGGACAUUCAUGGUGGUGGAGAGUUAAUACCCUGGAUGCGUUAUGCCAAAGAUACUGGUGAUUCGUCGAUCAUAGAUGAAUUCAUUGCAACAAAGGUCUAA